AUGGCUAUCUACCCUGAUCUACAUGGAAAAACUGCCAUGGUGACAGGGGGUGGGAGGGGCAUCGGCAAAGCCAUUUCAUCUGCACUCGCUAUAUCUGGCGUAAAAGUCGCUAUUGCAGAAAUUGACGAGGCCAUCGGUAGGCAAGCCGAGAAGGAACUCGUUAGCCAGGGCUAUGAAGCACGCUUCAUCGCGACAGAUGUCACCAGCUCCAGCAGCAUCAGAAAUGCAGUUGAGGAAACGAUCACAAUAUUCGUUGAACAAGUCCUGUCCGCUAAUAUCAGCUUGAUACUACUCAUUGGUAUCUUUAUCUAUGCUUGUAGCGUUUUUACUAUUCGCCUUUACUUCCAUCCCCUCAGCAAAUUCCCCGGACCACGGAUUGCUGCUGCGACCAGUUGGUACGAAUUCUAUAAAGAUGUCAUCCUGAGUGGACAGUACUCCAAAUCAUUUCCAUCGCUACAUGCAAAAUAUGGUCUGACACUGCUGAAGAAAAUGACCAUCAUACUCUUUAUGCUCACUACUAAGUACACAGGUUCUGUCGUCCGUAUUCAUCCCAAUGAACUUCACAUUAACGACAGGGACUUUUUCAAUAGGGUAUUCAAAAAUGGAACGGACUUUUACAAGGAUCCCGCCUUCUUUGGCAGUAUUGGGUUCAAUGACUCCAUUGCCUUUCUCACUGAUCCUCACGAAUACAAGCUCCGUUAUGAUAUUGUGAAAACCCCCUUUGCAAAAAGACAUGUCGAUCUUCUGGCCCCCGAGCUGGAAAUGAUCGUGACCAAAGCUAUCAAUCAAGCAAAGAUCGCAGCGGAGACGCAGUGCCCGCUAAACAUUCAACAGCUCUACCGUUGUGUCACGGCCGAUUCCAUAAUGGUAUUGCUGUAUGGAAGAUCUUUGGACCUUGUCAUGUCGGGAACGUCCUGUCCGCCGUUCCUUUCCAGCAUAGACAUGUUCGCAGAUCGAUUCCAUCUGUUCAGAAGCUUUCCUAUCCUCGCCCGGAUUGCCCUUAACCUCCCUCCCCUACUGACGGACAUAGUCGCCCCGGGCUACAUGGACUUUAGACAGCGGUGUUUGGAGUGGAUGAGAGAUAUUUCUACAAAUCUUGCCACAAGUGAACAAAAAGAAGGUAAUACCCGAAUGACGGUUUUCAGUUCGCUUCUUCAAGCCGAAAAAGACUCUCCAUCGCGGUCUAUGAAUGGGCUUGUUAAUGAAGCAUACUUCUUUUGCUUUGCUGGGACGGAUUCUACAAGCUACGCGCUAUCCUGCGCUACUUAUUACCUGCUAACGCACCCAAAUUCUGCAAAGAAGUUGAGAGAAGAGCUCGAGAGGCAGCCUGUGAACGCAGAUGGGAUUAUCGAAUACCAAUAUCUACGCAACCUACCAUAUCUGACCGCCGUGAUCAAGGAGUCACUUAGGCUGUCCUCUCCAGCUCCAUCCAGACUUCCGCGUAUUGUUCCCAAAGGUGGAAUUGAAGUUGAUGGCCAGUUAAUACCACCAGGAACCGCAGUCUCAAUGUCGACAAGGAUGAUCCACUUUGAUCCAGACAUCUUCCCCAAGCCCGACGAAUUUAAUCCUGGGAGAUGGAUUGGUGAAAGCGGAAAAACACUGGAUAAAUGGAAUGUUGCAUUUUCCAAGGGAACACGCUCAUGCAUUGGCAUCAACCUUGCUUACCUUGAGUUGUAUGUUUGCCUUGCAAAUAUUCUCAACAAGACUCAGAUCGAACUGUACCAGACAGACGAGAUAACUAUGGAGUGGAGUGACCACGGAGUGGCAAGAAAUGCGAAAGAUGUCCAUGUAUUGGUGAAGGGGGUCAAAGACUAG